CAUUUUUGUGGCCGCUUGUGUUUUGAAAAUCUAUGAUAAAUGCAAUUUUCCAGCGCGAAAUGUAUGAAUCGGCAACCGCAAAGUUAAAAAGUACGCAAUAAAAUUGCCUCGCAAAGGCAAGAAAGUGCUUGUGGUGUCUGCAAUUUGAUUACAACUACACUUGCAACAAAGCUACCAUGCACCGGUGAGUAAUUUUUGGAGAACCGCGUCUAGGCAAGCAGGUUUUGUGUGAAUAAUGUAAAUAAGUAUGUGCGAAAAUAUACACAAAAAGCAAAAGAAAAAUGCAUUUAAUUGCAGUGCGCAUGUAUUGAGCUCAUAUAAAGUUGCAAAAUGCAUAUGAUUAAAAAAUCAAAAUGACAUUCUUGAUGUGAGAAGUUUGUAGAAAAAAAUUAGAAAACGCAACAACAAAGGUGUAAUAAAGCAAAGCAAUAAUCAAAGAACAUUAAUUUCUCAAUUAUAAAUUUCAAAAGUUGUGCAAUAAAAAUAUGAACGUAUUAUCACAGAGAAGCUUGAACGAGCACAAUUACGAAUUCCACCCUGUUUAAGGUGUAUUACAAAGACUCAGAGUUGACCACACAGAUAGUACAUGGUCUAUCAGUGAUUUUUGUCUUACCGCAGAAAAAAAAUUAACGGUAAAUUAUAUGCUGUGUGCUGUAACCACUGUUGCCACAAAUAUUUAAUUCAAAAAAUUAAUGUGCAUUACUUGCUUGCAACGAAAAUGUAAAUGUGGCAAGAAUGGCAAGCAAAUGUUGCGCAUAGUUCGUCUGUUGCCAACAAUUCCGUAUGCAAUAACCGCAAAAUGCGCAACAACAAAACGCCAUAUUGAAACCGAACACAUGUGAAAAUCGCUUGCUGGCGAGCGGCAAGCAAAUUAGGCGUCAUACAACAACAAAAAUACAAUAUUGUCACACAUCAUCGAAUAUUUUCUUAGUCAAACAGCAGUUGCUCGCAUCAGCAACCCAACAUGUAUCGCUUAAAUGUACAACAACAGCAACAGCAACAAUCUCAACAGCAAUCCACGUCAUCUGCGUCGACGUCGCAUGCCAAAACAGGGACGCAAACGUCGUCUAACAGCGCUGGCGCCACCGCCACCGCCACCACCAUCAUACCCAGUCACAUUCUGCUGCAACAACAAUUGGCAGCUGCAGCCGCUGCCGCUGCGGCCGGUGUCAAUCAGCCACCGGCCACCAUUGCUGCAACGCAUCUGCUCAGCGUCGCCGCCAUCGCCAGCGGUGAAGUGAGUAAUGCGCUCGAUUUGAAUGGUGUGCACCAACAGCAGCAGCAACAACAACAACAACGUACACUCAUCCAUCAGCCGCGGCAAGCGCAUGUCACACAUCAUCAACGUCUGCAUGCCAACAACAAUAACAACCACAAUGCCAGCAGCAUUACGUUGGGCGAGAAGCCCACAAUCAUAACGAAUGUAUUGGCCGCAUCGGUGGAGGAGAAAAUUAAAAUCAUUUCGACUGCCAUUAAAACGGAACCGCUGCACGACGUCAUUGCGUUGACGAAGCAUAACUCAGCGUCGGCAACGGCCGUGGCGACACCAACGUCAGCGUCACUGACGGCCGUUAACAGUAGUAGUUCUCACAGCAACUUCAGCAAUACUAGCAUUAAUCGUAACAGCAAUAAUAAUACUCUAAGCAACAGCAACAAUAGCAAUAACAAUCACGGCAAUACGGGCCACAGCAACAACAAUGCUGUGAACAACAGCAACAAUAUAAUCGCACUGACUGUCAGCACACUGCCGUCAACGGCAUCCUCAUCCAGCGGUACUUCCAUUUCCGUUGCUGCCAAUAAGUCUUCUGCCGCAGUGAGCAAUGCAACAACAAUAGCUGUGAGUCCGCUGAAUAAUGUGAACACCAUAAAUCUAGUUGUUGGUGGCGGCGGCGGCGGUGCUGCUGCGACUGCUGGGGUUUCCGGCGCUGCUUCAACGUCCAGCGGCGUUGCGGGCGGUGGCACUUUGGUGAUCACAACUGGCGGCAAUCAUAGCGCAACGGCGUCAUCCUCUUCCGCGGCAGCUUCUGGUGGCAAUGCCAGCGGCACUGCCAAUGGACAUCUGGUCUUUGUGCCCAAGCGCGCCCGUUUGGAAUGUCCUCCAAGUAACGAGGAAUGGAUUUCCACCUCUAGUCCGGGUAGUGUGCCCAGUUCAGCGCCACCAUUGAGCCCAUCACCGGGUUCACAAAACCACAGCUACAGCGCGAAUAUGUCGAAUGGCUACGCAUCACCGAUGUCGGCAGGCAGCUACGAUCCAUAUAGUCCCAAUGGUAAACCAGGUGAGUUCACAGCUCCGCACCCUUGAUAUUUGAUUCCUUUCGUAUUCUGGCUACAGCUGCUGUCAUAAAUUGGCUUCCAUCGCCUC